CCGCCCCCUGCUCUUAAAGUCCGGGAGACGGCCACCGCCAUUCGGCUUCACCGAGGCGAUACUCUGUGCUGCCGGCUCUCACCGCCGUCAUGGCUCUUCUCCGAGGUGUAUUUGUCGUCGCUGCUAAGCGGACACCGUUUGGAGCGUAUGGGGGUCUUCUGAAAGACUUCACAGCUACCGACUUGACCGAAUUCGCUGCCAGGGCGGCCUUGUCUGCUGGCAAAGUAUCACCUGAGACUGUCGACAGCGUCAUUGUAGGCAAUGUCAUGCAGAGCUCUGCAGAUGCUGCGUACCUGGCCAGGCAUGUCGGCCUGCGUGUGGGUAUCCCAAAAGAGAUCCCGGCCCUCACUCUUAAUAGGCUCUGCGGCUCUGGUUUCCAGUCCGUUGUGAGUGGAUGUCAGGAAAUUUGUGUUAAAGAUGCUGAAGUUGUAUUGUGUGGAGGAACUGAAAACAUGAGCCAGGCUCCCUACUGUGUCCGGAAUGUGCGUUUUGGAACCAAGUUUGGAUCAGAUCUCAAGCUGGAAGAUUCUUUGUGGGCAGGAUUAACAGAUCAGCAUGUCCAGCUCCCCAUGGGAAUUACUGCAGAGAAUCUUGCUUCAAAACAUAACAUAAGCAGAGAAGACUGUGACAAAUACGCCCUGCAGUCACAGCAGAGGUGGAAAGCUGCUAAUGAUGCUGGCUACUUUAACAAUGAGAUGGCACCAAUUGAGGUGAAGACAAAGAAAGGAAAACAGACAAUGCAGGUAGAUGAGCAUGCUCGGCCCCAAACGACCCUGGAGCAGUUAACCAAGCUUCCUCCGGUGUUCAAGAAAGAAGGAACCGUUACUGCCGGGAACGCAUCGGGUGUGUCUGAUGGUGCUGGAGUUGUUAUCAUUGCUAGCGAAGAUGCUGUUAAAAAGCAUAACUUCACACCACUGGCAAGAAUCGUGGGCUAUUUUGUGUCCGGAUGUGAUCCCUCUAUCAUGGGUAUUGGUCCUGUCCCCGCUAUCAAUGGGGCACUGAAGAAAACAGGACUGAGCCUUAAGGACAUGGAUUUGGUAGAGGUGAAUGAAGCUUUUGCUCCCCAGUACUUGGCUGUUCAGAAGGGUUUGGAUCUUGAUCCAAGUAAAACCAAUGUGAAUGGAGGAGCCAUUGCUUUGGGUCACCCACUGGGAGCAUCUGGAUCAAGAAUCACCGCACACCUGGUUCAUGAAUUAAGGCGCCGGGGCGGGAAAUACGCCGUUGGAUCGGCUUGCAUUGGAGGAGGCCAAGGCAUCGCAGUCAUCAUUGAGAGGACAGCCUGAGAGCGCGGAGCCCGCCACGGCCACUCUGACUGUGCUUGGCCAGGCCAGGGUGACCCAGGGACCUUGAGAGCAGCUGCAGGAGAGGCUGCCACUGGAAGUGACGUGAGUUUCACCAAGGACAGUAAGGCAGAGGAGUUCGCCUCGUGAUUAAGAGCUUGUGUCAGAAUAAGUGCCCACAGAUUCACAUCAACUGUGAUGCAUUUCUGAACGAAAAUCCAACUACAGAAGGCCUUCAGAGGAACUGUAUCCUUUCCAAAGAAGCACCCCUUACGCCUUAGGAGACGUGAUCACAGGGAAAUUGAAUAAAUAUUGCCUUAAACUCA